CUAAUUGGAUCAUUUUGCUACUGUAUUUGGAGGGGUCACUCACAUAAAAUUACCAUUUUCCUCCUCACCCGAAAGCAGAUGUGUUCUGAGCACUAGGCCGGCAGCAGAAGUAGACACACUGUGAGGAACACUGGUGUCCACUCUCACUGGACAGGCGCACCCUUCUUGACCCUAAGUCUGAAUCGCCCAGCGGUUCACAGUCAGGCACCGGGGAGGCUGGGGGCCAUGGACGGAGGCUGUGCUCUGGGUGAGCCGGGGGGCGCGGGGCGGGGGGCGCGCAGCCGGGUAGGCGGGGCAGCAGGGGCGGGGUCGGGAGGGGAGGGAUGUCUGGGGACCGCGCGCACUCGCGGCGUCCAGCCGUGUUCAGCCGCCGCCUUUCGUGGGAGCCGCGCGCGGAGUGGCGGGGACGCGCUCGGGGGCUGGGGGGCGGCGUCGGCGGCCAGAGCGCGGGGUCCGGGUCUGAGAGCUAGCGGCGCGGGGCUGCGGAUGCGCGGCGACCCGCGGGCUGAGUGGGAUUCGGGAACGCUGGGUUUCGCGAGGUCCGGCAUCGCUGUUCCUCUGCGCGCAUCUCCCGAGCAAGAGGUGCCGCCUGUCCUCGCCCCCCUGCCGCAGCCGCAGGACAUGGAGCCCCCAGUCCAGAUCUUCCGCGGCGAGCCGGGCCCCACCUGCUCCCCGAGCACCUGCCUGCCCCCCAACGGCAGCGGCUGGUUCCCCGGCUGGGCCGAGCCGGACGGUAACGGCAGCGCGGGCUCGGAGGACGUGCUGCUGGAGCCGGCUCACAUCUCCCCGGUCAUCCUGGUCAUCAUCACGGCCGUCUACUCCGUGGUGUUCGUCGUAGGCUUGGUGGGCAACUCGCUGGUCAUGUUCGUGAUCAUCCGAUACACAAAGAUGAAGACAGCAACCAACAUCUAUAUCUUCAACCUGGCUUUGGCAGAUGCUCUGGUGACCACGACUAUGCCAUUCCAGAGCACGGUCUAUUUGAUGAACUCCUGGCCCUUUGGGGACGUGCUGUGCAAGGUGGUCAUCUCCAUCGACUACUACAACAUGUUCACCAGCAUCUUCACCUUGACCAUGAUGAGUGUGGACCGUUACAUCGCCGUGUGCCACCCCGUCAAGGCUCUUGACUUCCGCACACCCCUGAAGGCGAAGAUCAUCAACAUCUGUAUUUGGAUCCUGUCUUCAUCUGUUGGCAUCUCUGCCAUAGUCCUUGGAGGAACCAAAGUUAGGGAAGACAUGGAAGUCAUCGAAUGCUCCCUACAGUUCCCGGACGACGACUACUCCUGGUGGGACCUGUUCAUGAAGGUCUGUGUCUUCGUCUUCGCCUUCGUCAUCCCCGUCCUCAUUAUUAUUGUCUGCUACACCCUCAUGAUCCUGCGCUUAAAGAGCGUCCGCCUCCUCUCCGGCUCCCGGGAGAAAGACCGCAACCUGCGGCGGAUCACCAGGCUCGUGCUGGUGGUGGUGGCGGUCUUCAUCAUCUGCUGGACCCCCAUCCACAUUUUCAUCCUCGUGGAGGCCCUGGGGAGCACCGCCCACAGCACGGCCGCUCUUUCCAGCUACUACUUCUGCAUCGCCCUGGGCUACACCAACAGCAGUCUGAACCCCAUUCUCUACGCCUUCCUUGACGAAAACUUCAAGCGGUGUUUCCGGGACUUCUGCUUUCCCAUUAAGAUGAGGAUGGAGCGCCAGAGCACAAGCAGGGUCAGGAAUACCGUUCAGGAUCCUGCCUACAUGAGGGAGGUUGAUGGGGUAAAUAAACCAGUAUGACUAGU